AUGGGACGGAACGGUCUAGAGCCUUGUGGAAUACUGCAGGUUGUUCAUUUCUCUUGGAUCUCUCGAUUAUCAGCUUUUGGCCUGUCCUCUCCUCCUUUCUCCCCUCCAGUCAUGGCAGAUGAAUUGGCAGCCUUGUAUUCCAAACUCUCUUUGAAAAAUAACAGAACCCUUACUGAAAAACAGAUCCCCCCUGUUAAACUAGUUGCCUCGUCAGAUGCUAUCGAAUUGGCAGUUCAGGGUGUUACUUGUUUGGUCACCAAAGUCCUUGGUAGCCAGGAUUACAGCUGUGAUGCUCUUCUCACCAACAUGAUUAAGACAUGGCACUGCAAGGAAACUGUUGAGGCUGAGUUAAUCGGUAAGAAUCAAUUUCUUCUUUCAUUCAAUCUGCUUUCUGACGAAAUGAGAGUCUUGGAAGGUGCCCCUUGGACCUUGUACGAAAAUUUGCUGGUAAUUGUGGACUACAAAGGGGAUAUUUCUUUCAACAAACUCCGUUUCACCAAUUCGCCGCUCUGGGUACACGUUUUCAAUGUGUCGGCAGGCCUUAUGACUCAUUCAACGGCUGAAUUCGUUGCAAAUAAGAUUGGCUCCUUCAUGGAUGUUCAGACAAACGCACAAGGGAAUUGCUGGGGUAUCUCUAUACGAGUUAAGGUUCUGGUUGACAUCACCAAGCCGAUUCCCAGGAUGCUAGAAGUUGAUGUCAACGAUGAGCCCCUCACGCUGUACUUCCAGUACGAGAAACUUCCAAUAAUGUGUUUCUUCUGCGAGAAAAUUGGCCAUCUUAAGAAAGAAUGUGAUGACAGGCUGUUGAAAGGAAUAGCAUUGAACGCAGAAGACACGUGGGGAGCAUGGUUGAUGUAUGAAAGCAACAGGAAGAAAUCGCCGGCGUCCGGCCGACUCAGAUCAGCCGCCGAAGCAAAAUUCCAACUAGAAUCUCCCAACCAACACCCUAACUCCACCACAAUCGGAAUCCAUUCCCAAACAGAAUCCCCCCAGAUCCGCCCAGAUCCUACAAAGCAAUCCAACCUAACUAUCCAAAUCCCAACCACUUCAAAUCCUAUCCAGGGUAAACCCAACCAAAAUCCAAUCAUGCUCCCUCUUAAACCCCCAAUUGACAUCAACAGUUCUGAAAAUAUAUUGAUUGAUUCAACCCCAGCCAUUUUGGUUUAUCCCCCUCCAAAUAACUCUGUAAUAUCUGAUAUCCAAUUACCCAAUGAUCCAUAUUACCACACCAAAAUCAGUAUACCCAAAACCUAA